AUGGCCGAAACUAUAGAAAAUAAAAAGGAAAUUAUUAGAUGUUCGAUUAAUCUUAUAUGGGAAGCUACUAAAGGAGGAGUUAGGGAAAUUGUUUUCAAUGAUGCCUCGUGCUUAGCAACCAUUUUCUUAACUAAUGGCACUAAGGAUACUGAAAAUUUGGACACAUCUGGAGUGGUUCUAAUUUCUGAAGAAAUUUAUUGGAAAAUAAACAAUGAUCUAGCCAAUAUAAAGGGGAAAGAAUCUAUUACUAUUGAAGAUGAUCCAGACAGCGAUAGACUAUCGGAAGUCAAUGUUGACGCUCAAACAAGUGAAAAUGAUACAUUAAAUUUGAAAGAAAACCAACAGGCUAAAGAGAAUAAUAGUAAUGACUUUGAAAAUAACGAGGAAAUAAAUAAACUAUUACCUGAUUCGCAAACUGCUAGCACCAAUGAUCAAUUUUCAAUUGGCAAUAUGAACCAGCCUAAUAAUGAACACAUUAAUGACAAUCGACAAACUGAAAAUAUCAGAGAGACGGAAGAAUCUAUAUCCAAUGACCAACAAUCAAUCAAUGUUAUUUCUGGAAUGCUUGAACAAACGAACCUAGCAAACAAUAGUACACAAGCCAAUGAUAUUGGAUCUAUUCAAGAUAACGAUAAUGAAGAAGACUUGGAUGUAAGUAAUUACGAUUCACCAAGAUGGUCAGAAUGUGAAGAUUGCUAUGGAAAUAAAAAGGAAAUGUGCGCAUAUUGUGGUUGUUCUGUAUGCUCAUGGAAAGGCGACAGAGGUCACAUCCUCUUGUGUGAUGAUGAAAUUGAUAAUCGAAGUGCAAAAAAAAACAAAAGAUUGAAAUCAAAAAGUGUUAAAAAAUAUAAGGCACAGCAGGAUAUUUCAGAUUCUAACGAUGAAGAUAGUCAAAAUAUAAGGAAAUCUUCAAAGAAAAAGACAACGAAUUGCAAUAAGAAAUGCGAGGCUUCAUCGAAUCCUUUAGAAAAAUCAACAUCGCAUAAUGAUAGUUCUAUCGAUGAUUCUAUUGAAGAUAUUCCUGUUGUUGUUAUAGAAGAGGAUGAACAUUUUAGUAAUAGACAGCAAAUAGAUGAAACAGAGAAUGUGCCAGUAACCCAAUCAGACACAAAUAAGGAAUCAUUCACACAACUCAAUAGUUCUCGAAGUUCAACCUCUCUCCACUCAGUAAAUCAAGUUGAAGGUUUAAUUGAUGAAAUUGAAGAUAAUACUUUCGAUAAAGAUAGUCAAUCUUUACAACUUGAUCAGCAGAAUAAAAUAAAAAGUCGCACCGAUAUCCAAAUUAAUGGAGAUCCAAAACCAAUAAUUAUUCAAAAUAAUAUACCAAAUGAAGGAGAUGAUAUCGAAAGUCAGAUUAAAAUUAUUUGGAAAAAAAUCUCAAAUAACGAAAAUGAUUUUCAAUUUUCGAGAGUUUUAUACAUCCAUACUCUUUGCGAAUUAGUGCAUAUCUCUUUUAAGCUAACAAAAAGAAUAAAAGAACUAAAAAACUCUGAUCAAUUUUUUAUUCCCGGAUUUAUCACUGUAGUUGAUCAAGUGACUGGAGAAAAGAGACAAGAAAUAAACCCAGAAGCAAAUAACUAG